GGAACGGGUAAAACUGUUGCGUAUUUGGCUCCUAUUAUUCACCAAUUGCAGGGGCACGAACCUCGUAUUCAGCGGUCUGAUGGGACCUUUGGUUUUGUUAUCUAACAUAUUGGGGAUUCAUGUCGAGGCCCCAUCCCCUUGAAGCUUAUUUGGAGAAAUAAGGCUCCCCCUGCCUGGACAACAUGAGGAAGCGGGGUAUAAUUGUGGUUAAUUGCUGUUGAUGUGCAAGAAAAGUGGAGAGUCAGUGGAUCGUAUUAUUUUCAUUGUGAGGUUGCCAGCAUCCCAUGGAACAUGAUCUUUGGCCUCUUUGGGAUGGGUUGGAUGAUGUCUUCUUGGAUUUUGGAACUUUUAACAUAAUGUAAGGGCAGUUUGACAACCAUAAAUAUGCAAUUUUGCAAAAGAUGCUCCCAUAGUGUCUAUUAUGGUAUCUAUGGAGAGAGAAAAUAUUUGGUCUUGAAGAUUGUUGGAUAAUGGUCCGAGAUGUUUUUCUUUAUAUCUUUACUUUUCAAGAAUUUCUAGCUCUUUUUCCUUUUGCAUGUUAGGUGGAUCUCGUAUAGACUUCUUGUGUACUUUUGGAAACACACUAUGUGUCAUUAAUGGAAUCUUUGUCUUAAACGUAAAAGAAAGUCCUGUGCAUCAGUUUUUAAUAAGUGUUUAGCAGUAAGGAAUUAUGUUAGAAGCAAUACACGCUACUACUACUUACCUGUCACCACCAUUAUAGGGUUUUUUAAUGUCUUUCUUUGGGUACCUCAACUUUAAUUAUCUCCUGGUAACAGCGUUGGUCCUUGUUCCAACGCGGGAGCUGUGCAUGCAGGUUUGUGAAAUAUUGCAAAAGUUAUUGCACCGUUUUCAUUGGAUUGUUCCGGGCUAUAUAAUGGGUGGUGAGAACAGGUCAAAGGAGAAGGCCAGGCUGCGCAAAGGCAUAUCUGUACUUGUUGCAACUCCCGGGCGCCUUUUGGAUCAUUUAAGGCAUACAUCAUCAUUCUUGCACGCUAACUUGCGUUGGAUCAUCUUCGAUGAAGCAGAUAGGAUUUUGGAAUUAGGAUUUGGGAAAGAAAUAGAGGAAAUAUUAGAUAUCUUAGGUUCAAGACAAGAUGCAUCCGUUGACGAGGAGAUUGCUGAGUCAUAUAUUUCUGAGCAUCCUAGGCAGAAUGUUCUAUUGUCAGCUACCUUAAAUGAAAAAGUAAAUCAUCUUGCCAAAAUAAGUUUAGAGAAUCCUGUUAUGAUCGGCCUUGAUUACAAGAAAAAGCAGCCAGUGUUAUCAAUUAAAGAUUUUGGUUCAUUGGGAUCUGAUGCAAAUUAUGAAUUAGAACAUCCUGUUAAAAUGAUGAGCUCUUCAAAUGGAGAUUUUAGAGUUCCAGCCCAGUUAGUUCAGAGAUAUGUGAAAGUGUCUUGUGGCUUGCGGCUUGCUGUACUUCUGUCCAUUCUAAAGGAUCUUCUUGAGAGAGGAACUUCCCAAAAGAUUGUGGUGUUCUUUUCAACAUGUGACGCUGUAGAUUUUCACCAUUCUCUUCUAAGCGAGUUCAAAUUCUCACCUCAUCCACAACCAGAAGAACAACUAAGACAGAUGUUUGUUGGAUGCAAAACUCUUCGGUUACAUGGAAAUAUGAAGCAGGAUGAUAGAAGAACCACAUUUCAGGCUUUUAAAACAGAAAAACUGGCUCUUCUCUUGUCCACAGAUGUUGCUGCUAGAGGCUUGGAUUUCCCAAAAGUUCGAUUCAUUAUACAAUAUGAUUCUCCAGGGGAGGCCACAGAAUAUGUGCACAGGGUUGGUAGAACUGCUCGCCUGGGUGAAAGAGGAGAUUCAUUGUUAUUUUUGCAACCAGUUGAAAUGGAUUAUUUACAGGACUUGGAGAAGCAUGGCAUAUCACUAACUGAGUAUCCCCUCCUUAAAGUAUUGGAUAGUUUUCCAUUGUACAAUGAGAAACGCCAUGUCAAGAAGGUUCUCAGCUUAGAGUCUCAUCCCUGGGUGCUACUUCUGCAGAAGGCACUUGAAGCAUUUAUACUGGCCGAGCCAAGGAUGAAGAAACUGGCCAUAACCACAUUUUGCUCUUGGGUCCGAGCAUAUGCUGCCCAUCGUGGUGAGCUGAAAAGAAUUUUCAUGGUAAAGAAACUUCACUUGGGGCAUGUUGCAAAGAGCUUCGCACUGAAAGAACAACCUUCCUUAGUUGGAAAGUCAUUCCAAAAAGAAACAAAGAAGAGGAAGAGAGAUGAAAAGCAAAAGGGACUAUCGAAAAAGAGGAAGUUUUCCCGCAAAACCUUGCAGCAGAAAAUAUGAAGCAGCAACAAUAAGAAUAGAAAGUUAAAAAGCAGGAUUAGCCGUUCCUAAACGGUUUUGUAUGUGCAGUAGACAAUGGCAGAGCGACUGGAUGCCGAGGGUAAGGCCUAAGGGACUUGACUAGGUCAUUGAUUUUGGGUGGUUCAUUUGCAAUAGGCCAGAGCAAUCAAAUAUAACUACUACAGUUAUGUAGUUGUAGCGAAGUUUGAGAGUUUGUAUUGAGAUUUUGAUGAAUGAUGAGUAAAGUCUUGACACACAAACAAGAGUGUUGUAGUUCCCAACCAUGAUAAAUGGUGAAUACACCAAGUGUUUUGCCAA